AUAAGAGGCCACGCGGAGAGCCAAUGGCAAAUCGCAACCGAGUUUUGGCUUUUCAGAGCUCCCCCGUUUCCCUCUCAAUUCUCUCUUCUCCAUUUCUCCACCACCACACAGAAGAUAGUGUACAAGGACAAUACUUGAUUGGUACUCAUGGGAAGUGCUCCUGAGUCUGUCAUCAAGGAAACAAAUGAAAACUUGCUAGCUGAGAAGAAGGUUAAAGUUGUUUUUGUCUUAGGUGGCCCAGGCAGUGGGAAAGGCACCCAGUGUGCAAAUAUUGUGAAACACUUUGGGUACACUCAUCUCAGUGCUGGUGAUCUUCUACGAGCAGAAAUUAAAUCUGGUUCUGAAAAUGGGAAUAUGAUUCAGAGCAUGAUUAAGGAGGGAAAGAUUGUUCCUUCAGAAGUAACAAUUAAGCUUCUCCAACGAGCAAUACUGGAAGACAGUAAUGACAAAUUUCUUAUUGAUGGUUUUCCCCGUAAUGAGGAAAACCGUGCUGCAUUUGAGGCUGUUACUAAAAUUGAACCCGAAUUUGUCCUGUUUUUUGAUUGUUCGGAAGAAGAGAUGGAGAGGCGCAUUCUGAACCGGAAUCAGGGAAGAGAAGAUGACAACGUUGAAACAAUAAGGAAGCGAUUUAAGGUGUUUUUGGAAUCUAGUCUCCCUGUUAUUGAGUAUUAUGAGUCUAAGGGGAAGGUUCGGAAGGUAAUAUUUUGUUUAUGCUUCUUUCUUAACAAUAUUCUUGCAUGUUUAUUGCUACCAGUUGAAUUAUUGCUUUGCCCUCAGAUUGAUGCUGCACAGUCGAUUGAAGAGGUUUUUGAGGCAGUCAAAGCUGUCUUCACCCCAACAAAUGAACAGGUAAAGCACCAUUGUAAUCUCUGGUGGAAUUUUAAAGUUUAUUGGUUCUGUUUUGGACACAAUAAAAUUAGGAAAAGGAGAUAAACAUUGCUGUUGAACAGAAUGAGUAUUAUCCUGAUGGUAUUAAUGCUUAGCAGUAUGUUUUUAUAAUAUUUAGUGAUGGAGAUAUAUGUUCAGUUCUGGGCCUUGUAGGCAGCCUAUAGUCUGGAAAAAAAAAAUUGAUAUCUUGUUAUUAUAUUAUGAUUGGCAAACUUCUUCAUUAACAUGAGGGAAGCUAUCAUUGUUGCUGAACAUUCGCACACCCUGAGCUUUGUGAUGUUGAGAUUUAAAAUAAGAACUACUGUAUUUUUGUGCCCGCAUGUUCCACCGCUUCUAAUGCUGCUGGAAUGAUGAAAUGGGGGAAUUUCUUUUGUCAUUGGGAAUAAUUUGGACUUGCAGAUGGUGGGAAAUUUGUGGUUAUGAAAAAUUUGAGAAUGUAUUUCAAGAACUAAUAUUUCAAGUGGCUCUAGUAUUUGGUAUGAUUGUAAUCCAUUUGUUAUCAACCGUACCUAAUAAAAAUGGAAAUUUGUGUAUGA